AUGCCCAUAGAGCGGGGGCUGUGGCAGGGGCUGCUGGGGCUGCUGCAGGCUCGGGGGCAGCUCCCCGUGGUGGCCUUCACGUUCUCGCGCGGGCGCUGCGACUCCCACGCCGCCGCCCUGGGCCCCACCGAGCUCCUGACCCCCGGCGAGCGCCAGCGGAGCCGCCUCUUCCUCCAGCGCUGCCUCGCCCGCCUCAAGGCCCCCGACCGGCGCCUGCCCCAGGUGGUGGCCAUUGGGGAGCUGCUGCAGCGGGGCAUCGGGGUGCACCACGGGGGGGUCCUGCCCCUGCUCAAGGAGGUCGUGGAGAUGCUCUUCAGCCAAGGGCUGGUCAAGGUGCUCUUUGCCACCGAGACCUUCGCUAUGGGGCUGAACAUGCCGGCCCGCACGGUCGUCUUCGACUCCAUCCGCAAGCACGACGGGAACAACUUCCGGGACCUGCUGCCAGGUGAGUACAUUCAGAUGUCCGGACGUGCCGGGCGCCGGGGGCUCGAUGCCAUGGGCACCGUGAUCAUCCUGUGCCGGGGCAGCGUGCCCGACCUGCCCGACCUGCACCGCAUGAUGCUGGGCCGCCCCACACGCCUGCAGUCCCAGUUCCGCCUCACCUACCCCAUGAUCCUGAACGUGCUGCGGGCGCAGGAGCUGCGCGUUCAGGACCUGCUGCGCCGGAGCUACGCCGAGUUCCCGCUGCGCCGCGAGCAGGAGGCUCAGGCUCGCCGCGUGACCGAGCUGCAGGGGGCGCUCUCUGCGCAGCCGGAGCCCCGCCCCGGAAGUGACGUCGGGCGCUACCACGACGCCGUGGGGGCGUUGCGGAGGGACCGGAAGGAGCUCAUGCGGCGCUUGGCGGACUCCGUGGCCGGGCUGCGGGUGCUGAGCCCCGGGCGGGUGCUGGUGGUGAGCACCCGGAGGCACCGCAACGCGAUGGGGCUCAUCCUGCAGGUCACCCAGAGCCCCUCAGGCCGUGUUUUCACCACCUUGGUGCUCACCGAGAAGCCCCCCGAGGGGGGGGGGGAGCCCCCCCUGCCCCCCGAUGCCCCCCUCCCCGAGGAGCUGCUGCUCACCCGCCUCUUCGUGCCCGAUGGUCCCUGUGGCCACGCUUUGGAGCAGCUCCAGGCCGAGGAUUUUGGGGGGGUCACGGCCAAGACCCUGAAGGUGAACCCCGAAACCCUGCUGCAGGAGCUGCGGCCCCGCAACCAGCACCGGGACAG